AUGUCUCGUGGCAAUAAUCCUGAUAAUCCCCGUCUUCAACGACUAAACAAACUCUUACAUUCGAUUUCGUGCGGACAGGCGAUUCUAAGUCCACGGAAUGGUUCCCAGUUCCUUGAGGCGAUCUUUUCUCAGCCGGACCCUGCUGCCUGUAUUAGCAGGCUGAUUGGAAGCCGACAAGGCCUGUUGUCUAUUCAAGCUGUAAUGCGCUUUGAUCUCCGCACAGAGUUCCUGAACGGUCAUGCUUCCAAUUUUAUUCUUUAUCUCAGAGCGCCCGUUCUUCAACAAAUUGGAGGAGGGUCCUUCCUUCAGCAAAUUCUUGAUGCUGUUGUUGAUCCCCCAAUUUUCUGGAACGCAUUUGUGGAGGAAUUUCGGCAAGGAAGGUUGCAGGGGGAGGGUGAACUUGCUUUCGCAUGGCUUCUGCGACAGCUAGUCAUGCUUCCCGUAGAGAAGGCUGGUCCAUACCGCGAGGUUGCUCAGGAUCCUGCAGUGUUAGACCGACUGCUCUCCGCAUCGCAGCCAGAGCUGGUAGCUAUUGGGCAGAAAAUCAAAGAUAUCCUGUCUACAUUCAAUCCGGCGAUCCCAGACGAUAUAGGCUUUACUCCCGGGGGAAGACAUGACAACGAUUUCGCCGAUUUCAGGAGCAUAUCUGUUCUUCCUACGGCUGACGAAAUUACAUCGAAGGAACGAGCCUUUUUGCGCCCGAGGGCUUUCCUAGAGGACCCAGAGACUCACGAACAUCGUAUUGCUACGUACCUGGACAAUCAGUAUCGUCUUUUGCGUGAAGACAUGAUUUACGAAAUGCGCGAUGAAAUCCGGAUUAUUUUUGGAGAGAAGAAGGGGAAGCACAGGGGUGUUGUGAUUGAUUCAUUGAAGCUCCUUGGUGUCAACUGUGGACCGGAGGGGAAAAGAGUUCGGUGGGGACUGCGAUUUGAAUGUGGUCAUGAUCUCUGGCCACUGUCGAAGAAGAAGACGCUGAAGGGCCGCAAGGCAAUUCUUCAGGAUGAAGGACGUAAUCUCCUUCGUCAUCAAUCGCUCACCUGCCUAAUGGUUGGACGCGAAAUUGUUGCAUUUCCAUCAGUGAUGCGAGAUGAAGAUCUUCUAGCACAAAAUCCCCCGAUUAUUUUGCUUUCGUUCACGAAUGAAGCUAGCCUUAAGAAAGCGCUUCUUAAGCUCAAGAACGCCAAACAAAUUCAACUCGUUCAGAUCAACACUGCCGUUUUCGCGUAUGAGCCUGUCUUGAGGGCUCUCCAGGAAACGAUCAGCGUCCCCCUUGCACCGGAAAUUCUGUCAUGGACAGACGACAGUGACUUAUUUCCCCCUCCUUUGUAUCCAGAGGCAAUCAUUGAAUCUUUACGAGAGGAUCCGCAUCAAGACCUUCGGGCGUUGCUGAACAUAAAGCAGGCAAAGCCGAUCCGGCUGGAUGUCUCACAGUCAACGUCCCUCCUCUCCGCUCUUACUCAACGGGUAUCCUUGAUACAAGGUCCUCCUGGUACAGGGAAGUCAUUCAUCGGUGCUCUCCAUGCGAAGAUUCUUCACGAAUCGACCGCAGCCAAAAUUCUCGUUGUUUGCUACACAAACCAUGCAUUGGAUCAAUUUCUCGAAGACCUUCUUGAUAUCGGUCUACCUGAGGACUGUAUGGUUCGCUUAGGAAGCCAGUCCACUUCCCGGACGGCACCGCUGUCUCUCCAGAGCCAAAAACGGGCCUUCAAGAUGACGCGUACAGAUUGGGAUUGCGUCAACAAGUUCAGAUCCAGUACGGAAAUACUUGCAAAGGCUCUCGAGCACGAGUUCGUCCAGUAUGGCCAUCCUGUCCCCAACUAUCGCGAUGUGCUUGAGUAUCUGGAGUUUGAGGAGCCAACCUAUCAUGAAGCAUUCACUAUACCUGUCGAAGAUGGAGAUAUGAAACGUGUGGAUAGGCAGGGAAAUCAGAUCAAACCGCACUAUUUGCUUCAUCAAUGGGUCAAGGGUUGGAAUGCGGGGAUUUUCAAGGACUCCCCCCACGUUCAGAAGUCGGCUGAUAUUUGGGCCAUGUCGUACGAAGCACGACAGAGCCUUUACUCCCGCUGGAGCUUUGAAAUACUCAAACAGCAGGCUGACCUCAUAUGCAAUAUUACUGGGCAGUAUGGUGAUGCUCUUAAUUCGAUAGAUCGCAUCUUCGACCAGAAUACAGUCGCCGUCCUAAAAUCUAAAAGGAUAAUUGGCUGUACCACAACUGCAGCAGCAAAAUACAGGCUGCCGAUCCAGGCGGCGUCGCCAGAUGUCGUACUAGUUGAAGAAGCCGGGGAGAUACUGGAAAGCCAUGUCUUGACGUCCUUGGGCCCGGAAACAAAACACCUGGUCCUCAUUGGUGAUCACCGACAGCUACGACCAAAAGUGAAUAAUUACUUCCUUACAGUCGAAAAGGGGAAUGGCUAUGACCUCAACAUGUCUAUGUUCGAACGGCUCGUUCGCUCGGGCUAUCCACACAGUACCUUGAGCCAGCAACAUCGAAUGCGCCCAGAAAUUUCAUCUCUCGUUCGACGUCUGACUUAUCCAGAUCUUGUCGACGCAGACGACACCCUCAAUCGACCUAAUCUCCGUGGUCUGCAGGAUAAUAUUGUGUUCAUCAGCCACGCAUCACCUGAAGAUGAUAAUGCGCACCUCAGAGAUAAUGCAAGAGACGUGUUCGCCACUUCCUCGAAGCGGAAUAUGUUUGAAGCGGAGAUGACACUCAAAACCGUCAAGUAUCUAGGACAACAGGGCUACGGUACGGAUAAAAUCGUAAUACUUACUCCGUAUCUCGGACAAAUGUUCCUCCUGAGAGAGAUGCUCAAGAAGGAUAAUGAUCCUGUCCUCAAUGAUCUCGAUUCAUAUGAUCUGGUUCAUGCAGGACUUGUCACGGAGGCCGCAGCAAACAUCUCGAAGCAAGCGAUCCGUCUAGCAACUAUUGACAAUUAUCAAGGAGAGGAAAGCGAGAUCGUCAUCUGCUGUCUUACUAGGAGCAACAGCGAUCAUGAAAUUGGCUUCAUGUCGUCACCGGAGCGUCUGAACGUACUGCUCUCGCGCGCCCGGGACGGGCUUAUCUUGAUGGGCAAUGCAGAAACAUUUAUGGGCGCGCGUAGAGGAAAAGAGCUCUGGACACAGCUGUUCGAUUUGUUGAAGGGCGGGCGACAUAUUUAUGAUGGCUUACCUGUCAAAUGUGAACGACAUCCUCAUCGGCUCGCAACGCUGAGGAAUCCUGCAGAUUUCGAUAAUCUGGCACCGGAUGGCGGAUGCCAGGAGCCAUGCGGCACUAUUCUAAGCUGCAGGAUUCACACGUGCCCUUCCAAAUGUCACCAGUUGUCUGACCACUCAAAGAUGCUGUGUGAGAAGGUCAUUAGCGAUAUUUGUUCUAACGGACACCCUCUCUCUUGGAAGUGUCACAAAGAUAGACCUACACAAUGCAAGCAGUGCGAUAAAGAAGCGAAGGCAGCAGAAAAGCUUCGGCAAAAACAAUUUGCAGAGCAGCAAAGACGGGAAGCUGAAGAACAAGAGCACGCGCGGCAACUCGCAAGAUUAGAGGAGGAGAUUGAGAAACAGACGCAGUUAAUCCGAGAUCGUCAAAUUGCUGCCGACAGGGCGAAUGCUCUCCGACAGAAGGAAGCCGACCUCGCAGCUAUUUCCUCUCUUGCGGCUCAGAGAACCACUGGUCCCGCAUCUCAAGGCGACCUUUCUGCAGGAUCUGAGAAUGGCCAGAACGCGCCAAACAUUAAUAAUGUAGCCCCCGAUUCUUCGAGUCAGCCAAGCGAAGGCGACGUGAAGGAAGAUGGCCCUCCUUUGUCCGAGACCCCCAUGUCUACGUCCUCAGAAACCGACGCUUUGGCCAUAGAGCCCUCCCCGUCGGAGAAGGAGUGGGAGAGACAGAAAUCGGUCGAAGGAGUUUCUAAUACCUCUAUUGACGCUAUCAUGGCGAUGACUGGGCUCGAAGAUGUCAAGGCGCAAGUAUUGGAGAUCAAGGAUAAAAUUGAUGUAACUCAACGACAGGGCACAUCACUCACAGACGAGCGAUUCAACAUUGUUCUCCUGGGAAACCCCGGGACAGGGAAAACUACGAUUGCAAGGCACUAUGCGAAAUUUUUGGCGUCAGUUCAAGUACUUCCUGGAAUCGCAUUUAUAGAGACGACGGGUUCUCGUUUGGCGAAUGAUGGCGUCCCAGGCGCUAAGAAGCAGAUCGAAGAAAUCCUAAAUGCGGGCGGUGGAGCACUGUUCAUUGACGAGGCUUAUCAGCUCACCGGUUCGCACAACUUUCAAGGGGGGCAAGUACUAGAUUUCUUGCUUGCCGAGAUGGAGAACAAUGUCGGCAAGAUUGUUUUCAUCCUCGCAGGAUAUAGCAAACAAAUGGAGAAAUUCUUUGAGCACAAUCCUGGCUUGCCAAGUCGAGUUCCUUAUACCUUGCGCUUUGCCGAUUACACUAAUGUAGAGCUACGAUUGAUGUUCGAGAGAAUGCUGAAGAAAAAGUACGACCGGAGAAUGAAGAUAGAAAACGGAUAUCAAGGGCUCUUCGUCAGGAUUGCCAUACGACGGCUAGGUCGCGGGCGGGGACGCGAAGGAUUUGGGAAUGCACGGGCAUUGGAAAACUUGAAGGCGAAGGUAACAGGGCGACAGGCAAGACGAUUGGCGAUUGAACGCAAGCAAGGUCGGCGUCCAGACGACUUCCUACUCACCAAGGAGGACCUCAUAGGGCCUGAUCCGUCCCAAGUAACACAUAGCAGUGCCGCGUGGAAGGAGUUGAGUGGGUUGAUCGGACUGGAGGCGGUCAAGAAUUCUGUGCGAAGUAUGCUGGAAAGCAUCACCCUGAACUACAAACGAGAGUUAGCAGAGAAGGAGCCGGUGCAGGUAUCCCUUAAUCGAGUAUUCCUUGGCUCUCCAGGUACAGGAAAGACCACGGUAGCCAAAUUGUAUGGUCAAAUACUUGCAGAUUUGAGUCUUCUCAGCGAUGGUGAAGUUGUGGUAAAGAAUCCUGCAGAUUUCAUCGGCUCGGUUCUUGGGGAGUCAGAGAGUAAAACGAAAGCGAUACUUGCUGCCACAGUAGGCAAAACGCUAGUGAUCGAUGAGGCGUAUAUGCUAUACGGUGGGGGUACAAAGGGUGCUGGGCAACACACAGACAUUUACAAGACGGCGGUCAUCGACACAAUCGUUGCCGAAGUCCAAAGCACUCCAGGAGAAGAUAGAUGUGUACUAUUACUCGGCUAUCGAGAACAGAUUGAAGAUAUGUUUCAGAAUGUCAACCCUGGUUUGGCCAGACGGUUUGCAAUAGAAGAUGCAUUCCAUUUCGACGAUUUCGACGAUUCUGACCUACGCAAGAUCCUGGAUCUGAAGCUUAAGAAGCAGAAUCUGGGUGCCACAGAUCAUGCCAAACACGUCGCCAUUGCCGUUCUCAGUCGCCUUCGGAAUCGUCCAAAUUUUGGAAACGCAGGCGAGGUUGAGAACUUGUUAGGACAAGCCAAAGGUCGGUAUCAACUACGCCUGACCUCCGUCCCUGUGAAUCAAAGACCGUUCGACAUUGUUUUCGAGCCGCAAGACUUCGACCCCAAUUUCGACCGUGAUGCUCGGGCGUCCGCUAAUUUGCGAGACUUGUUCCGAGACGUGGUGGGAUGCGACAACAUUGUCACAAAAUUGAGCGGAUAUCAAGAGACCGCACGAAAGAUGAAAGCUCGCGAUAUGGACCCUCGAGGGCAAAUCCCGACCAAUUUCGUCAUGAAAGGACCUCCAGGGACAGGUAAGACCACCACUGCGCGAAAGCUGGGACAAGUCUUCUACGACAUGGGAUUCCUGUCAUCGUCGGAAGUGGUUGAAUGUUCGGCGUCUGAUCUCGUCGGCCAAUAUGUGGGACAUACAGGUCCGAAGACGAAGGCGCUGCUAGAGAAAGCUCUUGGUCGAGUUCUUUUCGUUGAUGAGGCAUACAGGCUUGGCGACGGUCCAUUUGCGAAAGAGGCGAUUGAUGAACUUGUCAGCGUCCUGACACAACCAAAGUUUCACCAGAAAGUCGUCGUCGUCCUUGCCGGUUACGAUGCGGACAUGAACAGAUUGAUGGCAAUCAACUCUGGGCUUUCGAGCCGUUUCUCGGAGGAGCUGGUCUUCACACACAUGAGCCCUCAGCAUUGUCUCCAAAUUCUCAAAGCCCAGCUUACCGCAAAGAAAGUUCAGCUGAAGGCACUGGAGCAUUCAUCCUCGAGUGGGUAUCAAUCCAUGGUGCGGCUUCUCGAACAGCUAUCAGCCUUUCCAUCGUGGGGAAAUGCUCGAGACGUAGGAACCCUAGCCAAACAGAUGAUUUCACUUGUCUUCACGAGGCCCUCGGAUGAGUCCGACGACUCUUCGGAAUUGACUUUGACGACGGACGAAGCGAUAGGCUGCAUGGAGACCAUGCUAGCGGAGCGCCGCGCGCGCACCGCCCACGUCUCAAAACUGCCGCAAGUUCAGCUGGAUAUGCCAUCAGCAAGCGCGCCUCCCCCGCCUACAGCUGCCCCUUCCAUCAGCACGACGCACACGACCAGACAGCCCUCUCCAGAGCGAAACGCACAGCACAAGGCACCUCCGCCUGAUGACGCCGCUGAGGAACGCGACCCAGGCGUUCCGGACCACAUAUGGCAGAAGCUUCAGGAAGACAAGCUUGCGGCGGAACUUGCGAACAAAAGGCUGACAGAGGAGCUCGUACGCAUGACCCGGGAGCUCGAGGAGACGAAACGGAAGGAAGCAGAGGAGCGGGAGCGUAUCAGACAACUGGAAGAAACUCGGGCCCGGGAUGCUGCUGAGGAAGAUAAGCGCAAGCGUAAACUGGAAGCAGCUCGCUUGCGGGAGCUGGCUGCAAGGGAAAAGCGGGCGAGAGAGGAGGCUGCACGCAGGGCGAUGAUGGAAGCAGAGGCUCAGCGAAGGAAACAGGAGGCGAAAGCACAGGCGGCUCUUCGCCAAAUGGGCGUAUGCGUGGCGGGAUACAGGUGGAUCAAGCAGGAGGGGGGAUACAGGUGUGCUGGUGGAUCGCAUUUCGUUUCGGAUGGUGCAUUGGGGAUCUAG